GUAGAAGAUAACACUGUAUGAUUACCAUUAAUGUAAACUGCAUUUGUGACCAAUGGGUGUGAAUGUGCUCUCAUGAGUAUGAGGGUCCACUUUUCAGAAUAUGGGUCGUCUCCAACCCUCUGAUGACAGCACCCACCGCUGCUGUGCUGCACCCUGCCCAGGAGGUAAUAGUCACUGUGGGAUUACGAUCCUUUAACCUCCAGCACUGUAAACAGUAAGCUGCUCACUGAGAUGUCAGUGCGACCAAAUCCACCAGCAGCAACCGGUUUGUCACAUGACCAGCGUGCAGCGCUGCCUGCCUGCCUGUGUGUGUGUGUGUAUCAGUGGCUUUUAUUUCCGUAUUCACCGAGGGAGCGCUGAGCUGAAUGAGUUUCUACGGCCGCUGUGUGUCUACCUUUCACGCCGCGAAACUGCGUCGCCGUGCGGGGAUCUGUCGGGCGGGGGGAGACACUCACGCAAUCGCAUCGCCUGGACCCACGCCGCAGCAGGACCAUGCUCACGCGGGUGAAAUCGGCGGUGGCCAAUUUUAUGGGAGGUAUGAUGGCUGGUGGCUCCAACGGAGACCAUCCCGGCGGCUCCGAUCUGCCGCUGAAAUUCCCGUACAGCAGACCGGAGUUCCUGGGACUCUCGCCGGACGAGAUAGAGUGCUCGGCGGAUCACAUAGCGAGACCGAUCCUCAUACUGAAGGAGACCAAGCGGCUGCCAUGGUCCACCGGCUACGCAGAGGUAAUCAAUGCAGGAAAGAGCACAUUAAAUGAGGACCAGGCCUGCUGUGAAGUGCUGGUGGUCAAAAGGAGACCAGCAGGAAGCGGCACACCCAACCGGACCCCCUUGACCCGCAGGAGGUCUUCCCUGCCUAACGGAGAGGGCCUGGGCCUCCGGGAGAACCUGGACAACUCUGAAGAUUUAACAUUCCACUACUGGGCGUUGUUUGAUGGCCACGCCGGCUCUGGGGCCGCUGUAGUGGCCUCCCGCCUUCUCCAUCACCACAUUGCCCUGCACCUUCAGGAGGUGAUGGAGAUCCUCUGCACUCCUAACCUGCUGCCCCCCACGUGCCUGGGCGAAGAGCCUAUCAAUCACCACCUCACCCCAACGUCCCAGCGUGCCCUCACCAGGGCUGCCUCUCUCCGGGGUGCCGCGGGGGCUCCGGGUUCACCCAGCACCCCACCCACACGCUUCUUUACUGAGAAGAAAGUUGCACACGAGAGCCUGGUGAUCGGAGCCAUUGAGAAUGCUUUCAAAGACAUGGAUGUACAGAUAGAAAAGGAGAAGGCAAUCUACAACAUCUCAGGUGGCUGUACUGCUCUGGUGGUCAUCUAUUUACUUGGGAAGCUCUACGUUGGGAACGCCGGGGACAGCAGAGCUAUCAUUAUCCGGGACAGGGAAGUCAUCCCCAUGUCAGCAGAGUUCACACCAGAGUCAGAGAGACAGCGACUGCAGUUCCUGGCCUACAUGCAGCCCCACUUAUUAGGGAACGAGUUUACGCAUCUGGAAUUCCCGAGGAGAGUGCAGAGGAAAGAGGUCGGGAAGAGGAUGCUAUACCGUGACUUCACCAUGUCAGGAUGGGCAUAUAAAACCAUUGAGGAUGAUGACCUAAAGUUUCCCCUGAUCUACGGCGAAGGGAAGAAGGCUCGUGUGUUGGCAACCAUUGGGGUCACAAGAGGUCUUGGGGACCACAAUCUCAAAGUACAUGACUCCAACAUCUACAUUAAACCCUUCCUGUCCUGCUGCCCAGAGGUCAGAGUUUAUCCACUGGCGCAGUGUGAGCAUGGAGCCGAUGAUGUUCUGGUGCUGGGAACUGACGGUCUGUGGGACGUCCUCUCCAACCAGGAAGUAGCCGAAGCCGUCACCUGUUUCCUGGCAAACUGCGACCCUGACGACCAGCACAGGUACACAAUGGCAGCUCAAGACCUCAUAAUGAGAGCCCGCGGUGUGCUGAAGGAUCGUGGCUGGAGGAUAUCCAACGACAGAUUAGGCUCCGGAGAUGACAUCUCUGUCUACAUCAUUCCCCUCAUGUACGGCAACAAGCAGAAUUAGCCGAGCAGCGUAACUGCAACCACCACCACAGUAUGACCCUGCCUUGAACUCCCGACUUCACUUCUGCAGUUUCCCCACAUCCCCUGUGCUCUGUUUUUAAAGUGCUUUAGUGUGGACUUCCUCUAUUGCUGAGGGAUCCAAGACGUUUCUGGUCAGAGAUGGGAUUUCUGUCCAGGCUGUUUUCCCCUUGAUCAUCUGAAGAUGAUUUUAUCCCCCUCUAGAAAAGAAACUCCUUGAGAAACCAAAUCAUGAAAAGUUGAACUACUGAUUUUUCUUCCCCCGAUUUCGGAAUUCUGUAUUUCACUGAGGAAGCCAUCAUGAACCUUUCUUGUAAAGGUUUGGGAGCAUGUGCUCUCAUGGAUGAAAUGGUAAUAUGCAUCUCAGGAUUGCUGUUACUAUCUAAUGCACAAUAUUUAUAAAUGUGAAAAUGUAAAUACUCCCAGACGUGACACAUUUGUUAAGUAUGUUUGGUUGCACACCUGUACAGUGUAAAAAACAAAACAAAAAGAAAAACAAAAAACCUAACCUGAAGACUGAUGUCGUGUACAUAUGAAUAAUACCUCCUCUGUUCCAUGUAGGCUUUUAAUGUUGCCAGGUUCAGUCAUCUGCAAUCGUUACUCUGUUGAAGAGAGGGAAAAAAAACUUGUAAGCCUUCUUUAGAUAAUAUAUCAGCUGGUUCUCCUAAUGCUGCAGUUGUUGUUUUUGUUUAUUUGUACCCCUUGAAUUGCAGUACUGUACUCACUAUUAAGGAAAGCAGCAUCCUUUGAAAACAAAGGAAGGACACACAAACAGGAGGAGUCCUGUUUACCCUGCUCACAACAUCUCAUUAUACUAUUAAACCUAGCCCGGGCUUUUACAUUCUUUCAUAUUUAAGAAGGAAAAACAAAGACGUCUUUCUUGUUGCACUUAUUCACCAUCAGCCAUCUACCUCAUCAUUUUGUUCUCGUUAAUGUCCUCUUGAAUGGCUGUUUGCACGCUACAUUGGGUGCAUCCUCAGCUACUACCUGUGCCAUUAUUUAGUUACAUUCUCAUAUUUUCUUCUCUAUCUGCAAAAUGUUUCUCAGAAAAGUACUCAAGCAAACCCAAUCGUCAUGCAUUCAUUUUACCUUCUCUCGGUAUCAGUUUGAUAUAUUGUCCCUGUUAAGAUAAACUCAUAUUUAUGAAUAGCUGGUGCCUCUGACAAUGACAAUAGCUCUGAUUUUUAAUGCGUCAGUGAAAAGGAAGUAUAAGUAAGAUUAUUGUAGACAAUUACAUAGACAGCACUUGACCAUGUGUGUCUCUACAAUCAAUAUGGUUUUCCGAAUUCUACUUCAUUUAGUGUAAUUGUGCUUUUCAGCUUCUAAUAAUUGUGCAUAAAUAUUGUACCUUACCUACUGUACGAGCGGCUGAAGCUGGUGAAACAUGGAACAGAGUAACUUAGGUGUAAAAAAAAUGUAAAUAACUUUUUCAGUGGACACUUCUCUCCUUUCUUUUACUGUAAGUGAUGUACAUGUUACCAAAACAAAAAUAUGUAAUUUGUACUGUUUUGGAAACCUGGAAACAGUGUAAAAAUGGUUUAAAUGCUCACUUUCCUGCUCUAUUAAAAAAAAAAAAAAAUUCCUGACCUUUUAA